UAGCCGGGAAAGGAGCAAAAGAUAUUCCAUCCCAUCCGCGCUGCGCCGAGACGAGAUUGUAAGAACGACCGGGUCUACGACCGCCUCGAUCCCCGCCGUAAUGUUCCUCCCCGAUCAAUGAUCCCACUUGACAUCGCAAUGCCAGUACUAGUAGUACUCAUUUUCCCGUCAUUUCCUCCGCAAACCCAAGUACCCAACCCCCACCAGACCCCCGUCCUAUAUAUCCAGCCGAAAGAAUCCCCCGCACUUCUCUGCUCCAGUCCCGCCCUUCCCCACGCAAGCAAGCAAGCGCACACAGUUGCUCUUAAGUGUGUCCUGGCGUCAGUCGUCGCUCACGUACAUACGGCUGGUCUUUUCCUCGCCAAGCUAAGCUGAGCUGAGCUGAGCUUGAGCUUGGUUGGUUGGCAAUGGCGGGGGGAAGUAGUAGUAGCUGCAGCUGCGAGAAGAAGAAGCUCCUCCUGAUGUGGUGGAGAGCGGGUGUCCUAUUGGCUGCCGUGACACUGGCGGGCGUGGUGGACGCGCAGCAGCUGCGGCAGAACUACUACGGCAGCAGCUGCCCGAGCGCCGAGUCGACGGUCCGGUCCGUGAUCUCGCAGCACGUGCAGCAGAGCUUCGCCGUCGCGCCCGGCACGCUCCGCCUCUUCUUCCACGACUGCUUCGUCCGGGGUUGUGACGCGUCGGUGAUGCUGAUGGCGCCCAACGGGGACGAUGAGAGCCACAGCGGCGCCGACGCGACGCUGUCGCCGGACGCCGUGGACGCCAUCAACAAGGCCAAGGCGGCCGUCGAGGCGCUCCCGGGAUGCGCCGGCAAGGUCUCCUGCGCCGACAUCCUCGCCAUGGCCGCGCGCGACGUCGUCUCCCUGACUGGCGGGCCGAGCUACAACGUGGAGCUGGGGCGGCUGGACGGGAAAACGUUCAACAGGGCCAUCGUGAAGCACGUCCUCCCGGGCCCCGGCUUCGACCUCAACCAGCUCAACGCGCUCUUCGCCAGCAACGGGCUCACGCAGUUCGACAUGAUCGCGCUCUCCGGCGCGCACACGAUCGGGGUGACGCACUGCGACAAGUUCGUGCGGCGGAUCUACACGUUCAAGCAGCGGCUGGCCUACAACCCGCCGAUGAACCUUGAGUUCCUGCGCUCCCUGCGCCGUGUCUGCCCCAUCAACUUCUCCCCGACGUCCUUCGCCAUGCUGGACGCCACCACGCCCCGGGCCUUCGACAACGCCUACUUCAACAACCUCCGCUACAACAAGGGCCUGCUGGCCUCCGACCAGGUGCUCUUCACCGACCGCCGGUCCAGGCCCACCGUCAACCUCUUUGCCGCCAAUGCCACCGCCUUCAACGAAGCCUUCGUCGCCGCCAUGGCCAAGCUCGGCAGGAUCGGCAUCAAGACCGGCGCUGGCGGCGAGGUGCGCCGCGUCUGCACCGCCGUGAAUUAGGUUUUAGAUGGUGUUCUGUUGUGGGCUUGAGUGUAGUGUGUUAGAGUGAGAGGGGAAGACUGUUUUUGUCUUGUGGAUGCAGCGCAGAUGCAGGGGUGUUUUUUGAUGCUGUGUAUUUCUGUGUGGGGAUUAUGCUAACCAUUCUUUUGAGAUGUGGGGUGGAAUGGGAAAAUUGGAAGUUUGGUAGUGGUCGGUGUUGGGAUUGGUCACAUGGUUAUUAGCUGAAUCGAAUGCAUUGUUACUGCCUGUUGCAUU